AUGCAUUCGAUUCUCUCGAUUCUCCUCACCGUUUUUGUUUUCGGCAUCUGCAUGGCGAUGCUCCCCUCGAUGGUUCGCCAAGACGGUGAACACAAUCACAAUUGCUCGGUCUAUUGCCCAAGUCAGGGUGAUUGUUUCAGUUGCUGCGUGGGGGACGGAUGGGCCGGUGGUUUGUGCAACGCGACCAAUUUCUGCAGAUGUCAA